UUGUUUAAAAGAGACUCUGUUUUAUUAUGCAGUUGUACCAUUCCAGUCUUCAAGCAGUGCGUAUGAUGUACGGAGAAGCCGGGGUGUUGACGUUCUUCAAGGGUCUACUACCGACCAUGCUGCAGGUUUUCCCACACGCUGGCUUCCAGUUUGGAUUCUAUGCACUCUUCAAAAGAGUCUGGGAGGUUGUCAUGGACCAGCCCGAGAAAACCUCUGGCAUCCAUGUACCAACGGCCUUGAAGUCCUUCACCUGCGGUGCCUUAUCUGGCCUCUGUGCCAAAACAGCAGUCUACCCUCUAGACCUCGUCAAAAAACGCCUCCAAGUCCAGGGCUUCGAAGAGGCUCGGAAAUCCUUUGGCAAAGUGCAGCGGUACAACAGCAUGCUGCACUGUGUGGCGUGCACCGUGAAGGAAGAAGGCAUAAGGGGCAUGUACAAAGGACUCUGGCCGAGUACACUCAAAGCCAUCGGAACUGUGGGCUUCACGUUUUGCUUUUACGAGAAGGCGUGCCACUUUCUAGAAAGACGAUACUUGUAAUUUCACUCUGAUGUACAGUCUCUGCAGUGCCUGGUGCAAUGUAGUUUUAUCCUGAGGGAUUCCUAGAGAUUUUUUUUUUCUAAUUGAUUAAUACAUGCAUGCAUCGAAAGGAAACCAAAUGAAGCGUCUUUUUUUUUGAUAAACAGAAAUACAGCUAAUUGAGAAAGGUGAUAUUUUGUUAUUUUAAGUUUGUAAAUGUCAGAGCAUCUGAAGAUGCAGAAAACUUGAAAUGCUACACAAGUACAGCUACUUCGUGUCGUCAGGAACAGUUGUCUCUCAAAAGCAUUCAUCUUAAGUUCAUCACAAGUCCUCGCAAGUCAGUCACAAGUCAAAUCACAAGUUUUUCAAACUGCGACAAUGGCAUGCCUAUUGUUCAUCCCUUUUUACUUGUGCCUGACCUUCUCGGUUGUUACCGAACUUGUAGUGGAAUCUAUACAAGUACCCAUGGAAUAAACUUAUAUUGAGAACAAUUUUGUGUAAGUAUCCAUAUUUAUGGAUUGUAUUAAAACAGUCGGACGCAA